CAAAAUCGUGAAAAUAAACUAGAAAACAGAAGAAGACCAACCACAACUACCUUUUUGAGUAUAUUCCGUCUCUCUUGCACUUUCUUCGCAUCCUAGUAAUUUGAACUUCAAAUCCGACCUUUUUCUUUCUUGUGAUUUCUGGGUAUCUCAGAAAUUGCAGGAUUGGCUGCGUUAAACUAAGAGAAUGCCGAACUGGGAGCUGAAGAACUGUUGCCAGCACGACCAGGUCGUUUUCUUGGCGACAAUUGGAGUCUUCACCGUUGUAAUCCUCCUGCUGUGGAGGACAGUGCUACUCACACCCUUUAAACUCAUCACAGUGUUCCUGCAUGAAGCAAGUCAUGCAAUUGCUUGCAAACUCACGUGUGGUCAGGUAGAGGGAAUUCAGGUUCAUGCAAAUGAGGGUGGAGUCACGCAAACACGCGGUGGCGUAUAUUGGUUGAUCUUGCCUGCAGGAUAUCUUGGUUCAUCAUUCUGGGGAAUGGCUUUGAUACUUGCAUCAACAAACCUCAUAACUGCGAGAAUCGCUGCUGGGUGUUUUGUUAUUGCACUUCUCAUUGUGCUCUUUAUUGCAAAAAAUUGGACGCUUCGAGGACUCUGUAUUGGAUUCAUUAUUUUCAUUGCUAUCAUUUGGGUUUUGCAAGAAAAAACAACCGUCCGCAUUCUUCGCUACGUCAUUCUCUUUAUUGGUGUGAUGAACAGUUUGUUUUCAGUAUAUGAUAUCUAUGAUGAUUUAAUAUCUCGAAGAGUCAACUCCAGUGACGCUGAGAAGUUUGCCGAAGUUUGCCCCUGCCCUUGUAAUGGAACAGCAUGGGGAGUCAUCUGGGGAAUGAUAUCAUUCAUCUUUCUUUGUGGAUCUAUGUAUCUUGGACUUGUCAUCUUAUCAUGAGAGACUACAAGCACUUGACAUUGUCUUUAUUUUCAAUUUUUGUAGUCUGAUUUAAUUGAUACUUAGAAGGUCAUGCCUUCAUUAUUUUUUUAACCCUUUUCAUUCAGGGUUACAUUUUUUAGAUUAUAUUGCUUGUAUAUUAACAUUUGUAUUGAUGUGUUUUAUUCUUGUGGAGGUCGGAAAGUGUUUAAACUGCUGGAUGUAUUUUGACUAUUUCUACAAUUGAUCUCCAUUUUCCUGUA